CUUCAUAUGCAAUGGAAGUGGAAAGGAUUAAAAACCAGAAGAUCAGCUGGCGGAUAGACUCAAUACGAGGAUUUGUGCUGCCGGCCGCCGGGGAGAAGCCAUCGUCGGCCGAUUCAAAUUCCUUUGCUCGCCGACAGAAAUUGCAGUUUUUAUCAAGUAUAGUUCAAGAAAGUAGAUGAGAGAAGGUGUAUGAAUAUAUCUGCGCCGAUACAGUUGCUCUAUAAAAGCAAUUAUGGGGGUCAUAAAAGACGGGACUAUUUCUGGAAAUUUACCUAGUGCCCAGGCUUUUGCAGUUCACUAUCCUGGCUAUCCUUCAUCAACCACGCGUGCCGUUGAGACUCUUGGAGGAAGCAACGGAAUCCUCAAGGCUCGCAGCUCACAAUCCAACAAAUUGGAGCUCCAUUUUCGCCCUGAGGAUCCAUAUUCACACCCUGCUUUUGCGAACCUUUGCCCCAGUAAUAAUUUUCUUUUGAAAUUAUCCAAAAGGAAAGAUAAGAAUGAUGAUAAUACUGAAGACAAUGGGAGGAUAUCUGAGUAUUUACCAGAAGAUGAGAUUCAUCUUCCUGAGAAGAGUUUCUGUCCUGAAUUGAUCAAAACUGGUGAACAAGGGGAUGAAUGUUCAAGUGGACCAAUUACUGCUCAAACAGAACUCAAGGACAAGCCAUCUCAAAAUGUGCAAGAGCUUUCUGCUGAUAUUGUCGUGCAAGUUUCAGAAGCUUAUCAUUUUAAUGGGAUGGUAGAUUACCAGCAUGUUCUUGCUGUUCAUGCGGAUGCUCGGAGAAAGAAAAGAAAGUGGACUGAUUUGAAACCACAAUUUGAGAAGGGUGGCCUUAUGGAUGUGGAACAGGAGGAUUUGAUGAUUCUAGUGCCUCCACUUUUCUCAACAAAAGAUGUGCCAGAGAAAAUAGUGUUAAAGCCAUCAGUUUAUCUGAGUUCAAAGAAAAAACAAGUGGGAGUUGUACAACACCAUUGGGAGAUGGAUAUAGAGCCAAGUCUUGCUAUUGACUUCGACAUUAAAGAGAUUCCUAAGAAAGUAUAUUGGGAGAAAUAUAUAACAAAAGACUCAGAACAAUGGGAGUGGCAGAUGGCCGUAUGCAAGUUGUUUGAUGAGCGACCUAUAUGGGUGAAAAGUUCCCUGACUGAGCGGUUGUUUGAUAAGGGUCUAGAAUUUGGAGGUCAUUUGCUUAGAAGGCUGCUCUUCAGGACAGCAUAUUACUUUUCAAAUGGACCAUUUCUUAGGUUCUGGAUCAGGAAGGGUUAUGAUCCCCGCAAAGAUCCUGAAUCUCGCAUAUAUCAGCGAAUUGAUUUUCGGGUCCCCCCAUCAUUGCGAAGCUAUUGUGAUGCUAACAUAGCCCUUGGGUCGAAGCACAGAUGGGAGGAUAUAUGCUCAUUUGGGGUUUUUCCUCACAAGUGCCAAACUUCGUUACAGCUUUUUGAACUUGCAGAUGAUUACAUUCAACAGGAGAUUAGGGAACCACCAAAUCUGGAAACUUGCACUUGUGCAACAGGAUGGUUCUCGCCCAAUGUGCUUUAUAGAUUGAGAUUGCGUGUUUCUAUGAGGUUCCUCUCUGUAUACCCUAGAACCGGUGCAGAGUCCAUGCUGAGAUCUGCUUCUGAACGUUUUGAAAAGUCAAAAAGGAUGCCGAUUUAUAAUAAGGACUCAAGACUUGAUGAAGAGGCACAACAAGUGAAUGCAGAACUAUUAAAUAAUGAUGAUAAAGAACUGAAUGACGAUGAAGAAGAUGAAGAAGAUGAAAUGGAUGAUGACAAUGUUGAGGAGGAAUUGGAUCCAUACGAGGAUGGCGAGGAUGUCAGUUUUGAUCAACAGCCAUGUUCAUAUAGCGGAAACAUGUCAAAGAUGUACUUGCAAGAGCUUUUUGGUAGUUUUCCAUCCAGUGGAUUAUGUGGAGACAGGUCGCAAGAUGCUGACAACAGUGAUGGAGAAUAUCAGAUAUACGAGCAGGAUAAUGAUGACAGCUGCUUUGAUGAUGACAACGAAGACUGAUCAUUGCAUUCAUUCAUGAAAGCAUACGUGGUAUUGGAGGGUGGUUUUUUGGGGGGCUCCUAUUAUGUCAUGCUGAGCUGCAGCACAGCAAUGCCAAUGGCAUCUAAUUUUAAUCCUGGUUGUUGUCUGAGUCAGAGUCAGACCUACCUUGGCAGUGGUGUGUGUCUUGAAUCUUGAUGGGUUCUUACAGCCAUUUUCUUGAGCAUUUAGGGAAGUAGUAGUACAAACUUACAUACAAAGACAUCCCUCCAAUUAGCAGCAGUAGAGCAAAGUUGCAAGUUAUAUGGCAGGGCAUGGCAGGAAAACUCUUUUCUGAAUUCUGAAUUUGCUGAGUUCCAGUGCCAAUGUAUGGAUGAUGGAAUGGAAUCUCUCCUCCUGUAGAGUGCAGAGACAUGAUCCAUCUAGAACGGAAAUGUGCUGCUUCCCUGGAUAAGGUGAGGUAGUUUCCUUCCGCAGGUGUUAUUCUAUUACGCAGCCACCCACCCACCUAUUUGGCGAAAUACUUUUUAAGCUGAGACACUAUUUAGAUCGUCCUCUCUCAAUCUCUCAGCUGCAAGGCGGUUAUCAUUUUUCUGUUGUUGGAUGUUUUGUAUUUUAAGGCAGUGAAUAGUGAGUGAUGGGAUGGCUCCAUCCAACUUGUAUUUUGUACAAUCUAGCUGCUUGCUGGGUAGACUUUCUCUUAACUUAUUUUUCUUACUGUUUCUGGAACUGGGUGGUGGGGGUAUUGAAGGCAAGCAUGCUUCCUUCCCCAUCAUUUUAUUUUUUUUGUGAGACUUAAAAGUAAGCAGGAUAUCACAAGUCAUUGUAAUAAGAAAAUUAUAUGCACAUUAAUGUUAUAACAAAAUGUAUUCUUGUAAA